AUGGAAACUCUCGGCAUCGAUCCACAACUGCAGGAUCCUGACCGUCACGAUUACGGCUAUGUCCCGGUACCACCGGUGAUUUCCGCGCAGAUCACCAUUAUCGCUGAGACUCUGUUCUUCAGGUUGCUAAAGCGGCUAGACAGGCUUAUCGGGACUAAGAACCUUGGUGCUUGGUUCACCACUUACCUGGUCUGCAUGCUUUUACUACACAACUGCGCCCUCAUCACCGGAUACAACUUCCGAAAAGCGAAGAAUCUGCGACUCAGCCAAAGAUAUGUCGCUGCGGACGUCCUGAGAGACCUUCAUGGUAGUGCCAACAUUUUAUUGACCUACUACCAUUGCUGUGUCAAGGCCAACGUCCCCUUCGCAGCGGGAUGGAAGUCACCCCGAGACAUCGAGGCAGCAAAGUUGACAAAGGACGAAGUUGACUUCCUUGUUUGGUCGUACCAAGAGUCUCGGAGAAUGGCGCCCCUGUUUCAGGAAAUCAAGGAAAGCAACAUGUUUCAUCAUGAGUACUACUUCAUUUCUCAGCUGUUUGACGACCAGUGGGUCCUACCAACAGCAACAAUUGCUUCUGUCCAGUAA